AUGUUUUCGGUCUUCGAUUCGAUUUUACCUGGAUAUUGGACAAACGGGCUUAAAUCCCCCGAAAGUCCAAAACCUGGGAGCUCCGAUCAAAAUACGUUGGCUGGCCUUCCGGUCGAGAUACUACUAUCAAUAACCGACUUCCUCUUGAUCGACGAUUGGAUUUGUAUCUCGCUUUGCAGCAGACGACUGUUUGCCAUUUUCGCCCCUCGGACGAGAUCCAUAUUACCAUCAGGAAAGGAGAAAUUACCGCUUCUGCGUCGACUGGAACGAGAUCAGCCGAAAUCCUUCAUUUGCUAUGUCUCCUAUGUUCUCUGUCAAUAUGAUGGCUCGGAAUGCUUUGGUCCAUCCACCACAAGGCCUGACUGCUUCACUCCCCAUGGUACCUUACUCGCCCAGAAAGACUGCCCUGUUUUAUGCGUUCCAAACUGGGGAAACGACCACGAUUUGAUAUCAAGAAAGAAAGAAUCGAUUUGGUCCCAUGUCUACUACAGAAUAUUAUUUCAACACCUUCAACAAGCUGUGAUGAAUUCCCAGAUGGACAGACGGACCAUACCUGAUUCCCAACCGUCGCUUUACUUUCACGUCCGAAAUCACCCCUCAACUCCUGAAAUCACCUCACUUAUUUCUAUCAACGCACUAUGCCAUCCAAAGGGGGUUUGCUUGAGGAUACAACAAGUCAACUUUGUCCACAGGAGCAAAUGGCAAUUAUUGUUCCCUCGAUACGACACAGACGAGCAGAGCCAUCCAUCACAGCCAGUCUUCAUUUGCCCACACAUGUCGGAUUUAAAGCAUGAUAUAUUACUGGAUUCCGUCGUGGACUCUUACUUCCAUGGAGAGGCUGCUCCUGAUUCCACUUUUACUUGUGAAAUCUGUAACACAGAUGCUGAAAUUGAAUUACGCAAACAGGGCUCUUCUUUAGCGCUGAUUGUUACGACAUGGAUCAAUCUUGACCCUGAUUCGAUCCCAGGCGACCCACGACAGAGGGUCCCUUGCAAUGCUUGGGGCCCUAGAAAGGUAUCAGGUGAAGCCAACUCGGAUGAACAGACAUACAGCCCUCGGGUCUUUUUUGAACAAGUAUCGCCAUGGUCUUGUGAAAACUUGAAGGAUUGCAACUUUGAAUUGCUUGACAGGGGAGACUACAAGAAGAUACUGGAAGAAGUUUUCCCACAUGAAUUAUGGUUCAUGCCCAAAGAAAAGCCUCUGGGAAUUUAUUGGGUCUAUGGAGACCUUGAUGUCUGUUGGACGGAGGUGCUGGAUCUAUUUCUCCACUGUAUAAUAUAG